GAAUUGGUGGCCAUAUCGCCGGAGCGUCGCAAUUGGCGCGGCAUCUUCAUAGCUCUGCUGGUAAUUGCCGCCGUGUUCAGCUUGAUUAUCUUCUCGAUAUUUCUGCUAUCGCCGGAGGAUGAGGGCCUGCGCAUCCGUGGACGCCGCAUGCUGCCCAGCGAUAUUCUGAGCAAGAGCCUGCAGUGGAAGCCCUUCAAUGGCACCUGGAGCAAUGAUCACGAACUCAUAUAUCGCGAUCCGACAGGCGGCCUAUCCAUACUCAAUAUGACGGACUAUACCACGCGCAUUCUGAUGACCAAUUCCACAUUUCGUCAAUUGAAUGCGGAAUCGUUUUUGGUUGCACCGGAUCAAAAGUACGUACUGCUACAAUCGGACAGCAAUGCUGAGGGCUCCAGACAUCACGUGUACGAGGUGCAAACCGCCAACACAUUUCCCCUGGGACCAACGGAGAAUAUUGCCGAGGCGCCGCGCCUGCAGCACGUGGUCUGGGCGCCCAUCAAUCCACCACCACCACCACCGCCACCGCCGCCGCCAACAGCAGCCGCUGGCACACAGUCGCCUUUGCCCAGCGGCAGCAUCAUUCUGAACAGCCUCGCAGGCGCCGCAGCUGGCGGCGCUGGCAAGCCGACGGCCACCAGCAACGGCGGCUCGGCCAAUGGCCAAGGUGCGAGCACUGGCAAUGGCAAUGGCAAUGGCCAAGGCGCCAAGCCGGCCUAUACACUCAACCAGGCCAUCGCCUUUGUGCACCAGAACGACAUCUACUACAAGCCCAAGGUGCAGGGCGAGCUCGUCUGCCGCAUCACGCAGACGGGCGCGGCGGGCAUCUUCUACAACGGCGUGCCGGACUGGACGUACGAGAAUGUGCCGGAGCUGGAGAGUCGACGGAGCAGCAUUGCCUUCUCGCCGGACGGCAUGUUUCUCGCAUUCUUCAGCUUCAACGACAGCGAGGUCAACGAGUAUAAGUGAGUAGAUCGUUG